AUGCAACACGGCGGGCAGGCGCACAAUGGAGACCCGCAGUCGCGUAAACACCCACAGCCUUACAGAAAACACAGCGAUCAAGCGAAUGGCAUUGGCGGCACUGGCACUGGCGCAACUUCGUACGCUACGGUCCCCACUGAGUACUCUGCCUACCCGACAUUCAAGUCGGGAGUCAGAAGUCUGAUCGAAGAGAAGACGAUGGCCGCCGUCACCUGGCAAGGCAAGGGCGCGGUCGCGUUAAGAGAAGUCGACGUGCCGCAUGUGACGAACGCUGAAGACAUUGUCAUUAGAACCACCGGAACGUCUCUCUGCCAUGCAGACAUGCACAUCUACCGCGGUGAUGUCUUUGACCUGAAGUUGGGUGACAUCAUGGGGCAUGAGGCUGUCGGCCAAGUGGUGCAGCUUGGAUCCGCUGUGAAGAAUCUGCAGCUUGGCGACAGAGUGUGCUGCAGCUUUGCGCUCGGCUGUGGAUCCUGUGAAGGCUGCCAGAGGGGCGAAACUGGCAGAAUCUGCGACAAGGCAGGCCACAAUGGUUACUUGGGAAAGCUGUAUGGCGAGAGACAUUCGAGCCUUGAGGGACAUGCUCACUUCUCGUCUGGGGGCAUCGCCGGAUGCCAGGCGCAAUACGUGAGGAUUCCGUGCGCGGAGAACAACGUGCUCAGGGUGCCCAACGGCGUCUCAGAUGAGACGGCGCUCUUUCUCUCCGACGUUGCUGUGUCCGCCUACCAUGCGGUCAGAGAUGUCGGUCUUCAGAGCGGCAACACCGUGCUGAUCAUCGGCAGUGGCCCUGUUGGUCAACUCGUCGCUCAGUGGGUGCAAGUCUUUGGCGCCAGGCGCAUCGUGCUGGUAGACUCUAUUCAGUCGCGCCUCGAUUGGGCAAAGCAGAAGCUCGGACCGGCGAUCGAGGCGACCAACUCAGACAGCAAGACAGACUGUCCGCACGGCUUUAGCCAAAAGAUGCACGAGCUCGAGCCGCAUGGCUUCGACAUUUGCUUUGAACUGGCCGAGCUCGCCAUCCCGCGCCGCUUGGGUAUAGGCUCACUUCAAAAGGCCAUGAAGACACUCAGUGCCGGCCACGGUAUCACACACCCGCUCAACGAGUGCAUCCUCGCCGCUCGCAACGGCGGUCGCGUCUCGAUCAUUGCAGACUACGCUGGGCAGCUCGGCAACUUUAACAUGGGUCUGCUGACGGAGAAGGGAGUGAAGCUGUAUGGCCACGGCCAGCCUCCCGUCCAGCGGUACUGGCAAGAGAUUCUCGAGGAGUACAUCAUGCCGGGCCGGUUCGAUCCAACAAAGGUCUUGACGCAUCGCUAUGCGCUCGAGGAGCUGCCUAAGCUGUACGACGCGAUGUACAACCGCAAGCUGUUUGAGGAGAGUAAGGACAAGCCGAUCCUCAAGGUCUUCGUUCAGACCAAAUUCUCAGCUGAGCCAUCAGCUGGCAUGCCGCCCGUGACCAAAGCGCAUGCUUCCAACGGCGCACCCCACGCUUGA